AUGCGUGUACAAAUGGGCCUCUGCGGGUUGUUCGAAUAUAUCCAGAAGAACUUUUUCAGCCCCAGCUCCAAGGGAAGCGCCGAACACCCGGUCGAAGUACCACACUUUGUCAAGGAGGAAAUGCUUGAUGCUAGACCUCAUCUACCGCACGAUGCGCAACUUGGCUAUAUCGAAUUCUCGGACAUGGGGACCUUCAAGGCUGCGUUCAAAGCAUGGACUUCAAAUGGAAUUGUCGACUAUUUUGACUUCCACUGCGAGAAGAUAGGGAUUCCGUGGAAGUGGUGGACGUCUUACUGGGUGGAGGAGGAUACGGACGAGAAGUGGCCAGACUACCGACCUAGCGAUGACGAGUAG